AUGGCAGAGGUCAGCCAUCAACCGGGAAGUCAUGUUAGUCCGCUGGCCUAUCAAGAUUUCAUGGGGUAUUCCUACCCGGGAAAAGACUUCGGUGGCUUACAUUUUGUUUCCACUCAGGAAAUACCGGAAGAUGCGAUCUUGAAGAUGUCUGCAGAGGUGCUCUCCGCAAUAACUGAUCCACAGUCACGGGUUAAUGAAACGGCCAGCAAUGAAGCAGCAGAGAUAAUGGAGGGAUUUAACAUGUUUAAACGAAUUUGCCAGAGUCAGGAAAUACCGGAAGAUGCGAUCUUGAAGAUGUCUGCAGAGGUGCUCUCCGCAAUAACUGAUCCACAGUCACGGGUUAAUGAAACGGCCAGCAAUGAAGCAGCAGAGAUAAUGGAGGGAUUUAACAUGUUUAAACGAAUUUGCCAGAGUCAGGAAAUACCGGAAGAUGCGAUCUUGAAGAUGUCUGCAGAGGUGCUCUCCGCAAUAACUGAUCCACAGUCACGGGUUAAUGAAACGGCCAGCAAUGAAGCAGCAGAGAUAAUGGAGGGAUUUAACAUGUUUAAACGAAUUUGCCAGAGUCAGGAAAUACCGGAAGAUGCGAUCUUGAAGAUGUCUGCAGAGGUGCUCUCCGCAAUAACUGAUCCACAGUCACGGGUUAAUGAAACGGCCAGCAAUGAAGCAGCAGAGAUAAUGGAGGGAUUUAACAUGUUUAAACGAAUUUGCCAGAGUCAGGAAAUACCGGAAGAUGCGAUCUUGAAGAUGUCUGCAGAGGUGCUCUCCGCAAUAACUGAUCCACAGUCACGGGUUAAUGAAACGGCCAGCAAUGAAGCAGCAGAGAUAAUGGAGGGAUUUAACAUGUUUAAACGAAUUUGCCAGAGUCAGGAAAUACCGGAAGAUGCGAUCUUGAAGAUGUCUGCAGAGGUGCUCUCCGCAAUAACUGAUCCACAGUCACGGGUUAAUGAAACGGCCAGCAAUGAAGCAGCAGAGAUAAUGGAGGGAUUUAACAUGUUUAAACGAAUUUGCCAGAGUCAGGAAAUACCGGAAGAUGCGAUCUUGAAGAUGUCUGCAGAGGUGCUCUCCGCAAUAACUGAUCCACAGUCACGGGUUAAUGAAACGGCCAGCAAUGAAGCAGCAGAGAUAAUGGAGGGAUUUAACAUGUUUAAACGAAUUUGCCAGAGUCAGGAAAUAUCAGAAAAUGCGAUCUUGAAGAUGUCUGCAGAGGUGCUCUGCACAAUAACUGGUCCACAGUUAACAGAUUUUGGGAAGCUUUUGGUGCUCAUCGAUAGCAAUGAAAUCAGUGCUCAGAUCAUUGUAUCCAAUGCUCCAGAGUGA